GUCUAUUCUAUGCAACAGAAGAAGACGAAGACGAAGCGGAAGGGAAGGCAAUGGACUCCGUCAUGUCCACGUCCGCGGCUCUGUCGUACCACAAUGUCGGGGACUUUUACCCCAGAAAGUUGGGGCCGAAGCCGGACGUGGUCCCUUCCGGGGUGACGGAGAGGAAAGUGGGCGCGCUGGACAAGCCCGACAUGGUGUCGGUGGACGUCAUCAACGAAGCGGACCUGCCCGUGCACCGGAAGAAGCAGGACACGUACGUCUUGGGCACCAUUCAUCCCUUCAGGAAGACACACAGGUCAUUUUCUGGAAAACUCCUGCAAGAAUUCCGAUUGGUCGCCUCAGAUAGACGGUCAUGGAGGAUCCUGCUGUUCGGUUCUCUCAACCUGCUGUGCACCGCCUGUCUGCUCAUGUGGUGCAGCGCCACCAACAGCAUGGCUCUGACGGCCUACACCUACCUGACCAUCUUUGACCUCUUCAGUUUGAUCACAUGUCUGAUCAGUUCCUGGGUGAGCAUGAAGAAGCCCAGCCAGGUCUUCUCCUUUGGGUUUGACAGACUGGAGGUUCUGGCCGUUUUUGCCUCCACUGUUCUGAUCCAGCUGGGAGCCUUGUUCAUCCUGAAGGAGAGCGUGGAGCGCUUCAUGGAGCAGCCUGAGGUCCAUACAGGUCGCCUGCUGGUGGGCACGUUUGUGGCGCUCUUCUUCAACCUGCUCACUCUCAUGUCAGUGCGCAACAAACCCUUCGCCUGCGUGUCCCAAGCGGCCAGCAGCAGUUGGCUUCAGGAACACGUAGCAGAUAUGAGCAGAAGUCUGUGCGGCGUCAUUCCAGGUCUGAGCAGUGUGCUGCUGCCGCGCAUGAAUCCCUUUGUCCUCAUCAACCUGGCGGGGGCGCUGUCGCUCUGCGUCACCUACAUGCUCAUCGAGAUCAAUAACUUCAACGCGGUGGACACGGCCUCAGCGGUCGCCAUCGCUCUCAUGACCUUUGGCACCAUGUAUCCCAUGAGCGUCUACAGCGGGAAGGUGCUGCUGCAGACCACGCCCUCUCACGUCAUUGGCCAGUUGGACAAGUUGCUGCGAGAGGUAUCCACGUUGGACGGCGUGCUGGAAGUUCGCAAUGAGCACUUUUGGACGGUCGGCUUUGGAUCGCUGGCAGGCUCCGCCCACGUUCGUAUCCGCCGCGACGCCAACGAGCAGCUGGUCCUGGCUCACGUCACCAACCGCCUUCUUCCUCUGGUGUCCACGCUGAGCGUGCAGAUCUUUAAGGACGACUGGAGCAGACCGCUCCUCACCGCCUCGUCCGUCUCGCCCGCCGGCGCCGCCGAAGCCUACGGCGCCCUCUCCGCUUCCACGGCGCCCUCGUCCCUCACGUCGCCGGGAGGCGAGCUGGAUCGGCUGACGUCUACGCCCUCCAAGCCCAGCAGUCCUCCUCCGGAGUUCUCCUUCAACACGCCCGGCAGGAACAUGCAGGCCGUCACACUUCCUGCGGCGGGCCGACACGCGCAUCACGGGCCUUACUCCUACCCCGCCAUGCUGAGUCACGCCUUAGUCCGGCCUGGAGACGCCCUGGGUCUCGGCGUGCCGGGAUUGGGUGCGGGGUACGGAGCGGAUGUGGGCGGGGCCAGGAUGGCGUGGUCUCAGAACUACAGAACUUUGGGCGGCACGUCUCAGUACAGACCGUACCGACCCUGACUGGACCAACAUGGACUUCUAGCUCCUCCAAAGAGACCACGCAGCAUCUUUACACGCCAUUCCUUUUUUUUUAACGCCUUCUUGUCAUAUCGGCGAGGGGGCGGGGCCAAGAUUCUCUUUUUUUAUUUAGUCUGAAACUUUAUUCAACGGUGUUUCCAGAAGGUGCAACAGAAAAAGUGCUGACUCCGCCCCCUCAAGCCAAAGUGUUGUGCUGUGAUGUCCUCACGUUGUCACGGCAACAAGGAUGUCGUCAUUGACGACCUUCAUCGAGCGAGCAAGUUUUCACGUGUUUUGGACGGCGACUGGAGAAGCGAUGGCCGGGCGUCGCCACGUGCGAUGAGGUCAUCGCUUUGUGACAACGCCUCGUUUGAAAAUUAAAAACAAUCUUUUUCCAGCUCACUUUCUUCUUCUCUUUUCUUGUCUGGAAAGUCCAGUUGACUCUGAAGGUGUAGGGAGGUGCUUUUGCCAGCAGGGGGCAUCCACACCUCUAAGACUUUUAUUUUGAAACGUCCAGUGAGUUGGGGAUUAUUUCUAAACGCUCAUGUCCAUGUUGUCAAGGGUUGCCAUGGAAACGUCACAAUCAACUACUGUGUAGCAACGUGAUGAUAUCACAAUGACAUCGUCAUGUAUCGGAGAGAAGCAUCGUCCUCUGCAGUGGACAUUUUUGUAUUUAAAGAAUGUUGAUUCUGAGGAGAUGAACUGAUUAUUAAACUUUUAAUCACGCUAA